AUGCAUUUGAGAAUUGGAACCGAAAAGGAUAGCAAGUUGCUUACUGCUGACGACGUCGACAACGUUGUGUGUGCCUACUUGCCUGAACCGGCAACCGAAAGACGACAAUUUGACAGAGUGAAAUCGCACAUGGUUCACGGACCGUGUGGACAACUCAACCGCAACAGUCCGUGUAUGUUGGACAACAGUUGUUCAAAGAAGUAUCCCAAAGAAUACAGUGAAGAGACUCUGUACGUUUCUGAUAAUGGUUACCCGACUUACCGCAGACCGAACAAUGGACUUGUGGCAAACGUCAGAGGUCACCCUGUCGGCAAUGAGUUUGUUGUCCCGUACAACCCGUACUUGCUGGUUAAGUAUGACGCACACAUAAACGUUGAGGUGUGCUCUACUGUGAAGAGCGUAAUGUAUUUGUAUAAAUACGUAUACAAGGGCCAUGACGCGGCUACCUUGGAAAUUCGGAAUGGAGACGAAAUAGAUAAUUACAUAAACUCGCGGUACGUCAGUCCGCCAGAAGCUGUUUGGAGGUUGUUUUCGUAUGAAAUGCAUAACAAAAGUCAUACCAUCGUUAGACUUCCCGUCCACCUGGAAAACUAUCACAACGUGUACUUUGAACCCGGACAGGUAUUAGAGCGAGUACAAAACGCCGCCCUGGCUCGAACUAAACUCACGGCUUUCUUUGCGCUCAACGCCAUCGAUGUCGAGGCUAGACAAUACCUGUACCACGAGAUACCGGUACACUACACUUGGAACGUGACACGCAGAUCAUGGGCGCGACGGCAAAGACAGAUGACGUACGAGACGUUGGCUCGAAUGUACGUCGUCAACCCACUUGAUCGAGAUCGUUUUCAUUUGAGAUUGCUACUUCUGCACAAGAGAGGUUCACAGUCUUUCCACGAUAUGAGGACAGUAGACGGGGUGGUGCAUCCAACCUAUGCGGCUGCAGCCGUCGCAAUGGGACUUUUGGAAGACGACCGAGCUUUGCGGGUUUGCAUGGCAGAAUCGGCAACAUUGGACACUCCAGUUCAGCUUCGUUACCUAUUUGUGACGAUACUGUUGUUUUGCGAGACCGCAAACCCGCUGGCGUUGUACCAAGUCAGCGAAGCUCACAUGAUGGAGGACUUUAAUCAGCGAUUGCGAGACGCCGAGCGCGCUAGAGCGGCGUGUCUCAACGCCAUCGCGCAGUUACUUCAGGUUCACGGGAAAUCGCUCUCGGACUACAGUUUACCUCUAUUGGACGUCGCAUUGCUAGAAGAAGACCCUAACGAUGACAUUCUGUGUGCAAUAGACGCGGCGGUACGCUGGACUGUACAAUUGGACGGCUUGAACGACGAACAACGGACAGUGUUCGAUCGUGUGAUGGCGGCCAUAAACGACAACAGAAACUGCUCAAAAAUGUUCUACGUCGACGGACCCGGAGGAUCAGGUAAAACGACGUUAUACGGAUGCCUCAUAUGGUCUCUUCGCAACCAAGGGCGAUCAGUGUUGUCCGUUGCAUUUACAGGAAUUGCAGCAUCGCUGAUGGACGGCGGCAUGACAGUGCACUCUACGUUCGGGUUUCCGUUCGGUACACUGACUGACGAUUCAACGUCGACCAUCACCAUGCACGCCAAGGUCACCGGGACUACAACUCAAGGUGGUCAAUAG